CCACGACGGAUUGGCGCCACAUUCACAUGAACCCAUAUACUCCCCUGGCUACUUCACCCGAAGAGCCCCUCCUCUUCUCAACAGGGAUUUCACUGAAAGAGCUUUCACCGUGGGUAUUGGUGGUCCUGUUGGUACUGGACGGUUCAGAAUUGUUGAAUCGUUGUACCAAGUGUGGGGUAUCGCUUGGAGAGGGAGCUCCACCCUAGUUGAAGGAGGGAUUGUAAAAGGCCACUUCUGCCCGUCAAAGGAGUGUGUAAGGUUGCUCCUACCCGUAAAAGGAGUGGAAUAGUGGAAUCCUUGUGUGUGUUUGCCUAAGGCAAGGACGUAAGCGGGUAUAGCCGAACCUCGUAAAACUCGUGUCUCACUCUCAUCCCUACUCUUUAAUUUUCUACAUAUAUAAAUUGCGUGGCUGUUUAUUUAAGUGUUGGAAAUUAAUUUGUUAUUGAGAUUGUGGAAACUUUAAUUAAAGGGAAUACGUUGAUUGAUUUUUUGCGGAAACCUUAAAGGGAGUAUGUUGAUUAAUCGUUUGCGGAAACCUUGAUUAAAGGAAGUGCAUUGAUUGAUCAAUACUAAAGCUCAUUAACAAAUUAAUUGGUUGCAUAUUUCAUGUUACAUAUUUAACAUCAUUAUUUGAGCUUUGGAAGCUUGGUUGAAUUUUCUAUUGUGUUUCAUAUUGAAGAAAUCAAGCCUUCCUUGUUUGUAAAGGUUAUUCAUCAGUUAUAUAUUUAAGCUCAAAUCUAAAUCUGAAUAUUGGAAACAUUGCUGAAAUUGUUGUAUGAUUUCAUAUUGUGAAAGCUUAUAUUGAAUAAUUAGAUUGAGUUGUUGGAUGUGCUAAGGAACUUGCAAAGUAUUCAAAUUAGUAUUCUCAUUCAUAAAGAUUCAAUCUUGAAUUAAUUAUCCGCUGUAUUUGUGAUUGUGUAAUUGCUGAAUCCAAAAAGGUUUAAGAAAGAAUUAAUUAAAGAGGGUAUAAAGAAAUUUUUAAUCCCAAUUCACCCCUCUCUUGAGAGUACACCUUCCUUUUCAUAAUCUUUCCUUGCGUUUUUGGGGGGGGAGUUUACUUACCGCUGCCUAUCAUAUAAAUUGUAUUCCCACCCCCGUGUUGCAACAUAAAUCCCCAUAUGAAAUGUUGUAUAACAAACCACCUAUCUACUCUCACUUGCGAGUUUUUUGAUGUCUUUGUUAUGCAACCAAUCUGCAACCAUCUCACAAAUUUGACUCUCGCGCUAGAAAAUGCAUCUUUGUUGGUUAUCCUGUAGGCCAAAAGGUUUAUCACUUAUAUGAUCUCAACACUCAACAAUUACUUCAAGCCGUGAUGUCAUUUUUUCAUGAAUCAAUUUUUCCUUUUCUUGCUCCAAAAAAAUCACUAGAAAACAUUGUUUUCCAACUUGCGAUAUCUGAAUAUAUCACCGAUUCACCUCCACUUGCAACUCCUCUUGUUUCUUCAUCAUUUGAGAUCACUCCUACAUCAUCCCCAUCUUCUCCUUCUUCCUCUAUAUCUCCUGCUGCACUUCCUCUUCGCAGAAGUGAAUGUGUCAGACAACCAUCCAUCCUCCUUCAAGAUUUUCAUUGUGGACAAGUUAGUACAACGCCAUCAAUUGCAACUUCAAAACAGGCAUCUUUGACUAAGUCAAGUACUCGGUAUCCUUUAAGUACCUAUCUUUCCUAUGAUUCUUUGUCUUUUGCUCACAAACACUUUGUUAAUUCCAUUUCAAGUGUUCUAGAACCUACCUCAUAUGCUCAGUCUUAGAUCCCAAAUGGCAAGAGGCAAUGCAAUGUGAACUUGAUGCUCUCACUACCCAAAAGACAUUGUCCUUGGUUCCCUUGCUUGCUGGUCAUCGCCCCAUUGGCAGCAAAUGGGUCUAUUGUAUCAAAUACAAUUCCAAUGGCAGGAUUGAACGCUACAAAGCUCGAUUAGUCACUAAAGGAUUUUCUCAACACGAAGGCUUAAAUUACACCGAAACAUUUGCUCCUGUUGCCAAGUUAACCACUGUUCGAUGUGUUCUUGUUGUUGCUGCUGCAAGACAUUGGCCAUUGUAUCAAAUGGAUGUGACCAAUGCCUUCCUCCAUGGUGAUUUAGAGGAAGAGGUGUACAUGACUCCACCACCGGGUCCUUGUCGACAGGGGGAGAAACUCAUAUGUCGACUGCAUAAGUCUCUUUUUGGGCUUAGACAAGCCCCUCGAAAUUAGUUUGCAAAAUUCUCUCAUGCUAUAAAAAAGGCUGGCUUUGUUCAAUCACAUUCAAAUUAUUCUUUGUUUGUGAAAACUAAAGGCUCAUCUACAACUAUGGUGCUUAUCUAUGUAGAUGACAUAGUAAUAAAUGGAAAUGAUGCAACUGCUAUACAAAGUCUCAAACAAUUUCUUCAUCAACAAUUUCAUAUUAAAGAUCUUGGUCUUCUUAAGUAUUUUCUUGGGUUGGAAGUUGCAAGGUCGAAAGCAGGUAUUGUUAUCUCUCAACGAAUAUAUACUUCAGAGAUCAUAGAUGAUGUUGGAUACUUGGGUGCUCAACCAUCAAACUUUCCCAUGGAAAUGAAUCUAAAGCUCACAAAUUAUCAAGGUGAUUUGCUACAUGAUCCAAUUCGCUACAGGAGGUUAGUUGGACAACUAAUCUAUCUCACAAUUACAAGACCAGACAUCACAUACUCAGUUAAUAUUCUAAGCCAAUUUAUGCAUGCUCCGAGAAAGCCUCACUGGGAUGCUGCUCUUUGCAUUAUCAAAUAUUUGAAAGGCAGUCCUGGUUUAGGUUUGUUGUUCUCCUCAAGCAAUUCCUUUACCUUAAAGGCUUAUUGUGAUGCUAAUUGGGCAAACUGUCCUAUGACAAGAAGAUCUACUACAGGAUAUUGUGUGUUCUUAGGGAAUUCAUUGAUUUCACGGAAAGCAAAAAAGCAGAAAACAGUUUCAAGAUCAUCUUCAGAAGCUAAGUACAGGUCCAUGGCAGCGGCAACCUGUGAGCUAACUUGGCUCAGAUUUUUGCUCAAUGAUAUGCAAGUUUCUACAGGACCAGCAAGGUUGCUAUGUGAUAAUCAAGCUGCUCUCCACAUAGCAGCAAACCCAGUAUAUCAUGAGCGCACCAAACACAUAGAACUUGAUUGUCAUGUUGUAAGAGAAAAGAUACAAAAUGGUCAGAUUAUCAUCGAAUUUGUUCCAUCUCAUUUGCUACUGGCAGAUGUUGUUACGAAGGCUCUUGGAGGAAAUUUGUUUAAAGAAUAAGAAUCAAGUUGAACCUGCUGGAUAUACAUGCUCCAGCUUGAGGGGGAGUGUUAAGAUUACAUUAGCUUAAUUUUAGAAAUUGAGAGAUAUUCUUUCCAGUAUAUAUUUAGUUGAUUUGUAAUCCCUUCAAUUAAGGGAAUUAGUUGAGAUCUUUAUUUUAUUUUCCUGCAAUUUAGGAUCUUGAUUUACUCUUGUAAACUUAUAUAUAGCAGUCCAUUUUGACUGUCGAAAAUGAACUGUGGAAGCCACUGUUUUUCUGAAAACUUAUUUUUAUC